AUGAAGCGCAAACUCUCCGACACCGAUUGGUCCCCCACUUCCUUCACCUCCCUCCCCCUCGACCCCCGACUCCUCCAAGCAAUCGCUACUCUAAACUACUCCACUCCAACCCCCGUCCAACAAUCCGUAAUCCCACCUGCAUUGGAAGGAAAAGACAUCCUAGCGCGCGCAAAGACUGGUUCCGGAAAGACUGCUGCAUACUUAUUACCCAUCUUGCACCGUAUUUUAACGUCUCAGCAAGAUGUUAAUAACGCCAAUAGCAACGAUGGCGAAGGUGGUAGUGGUGGUUCUGCAGCAGCGACAGAAGCGUUGAUUUUGGUCCCGACGAGGGAGUUGGCGGAUCAGGUGUAUAAAGUUAUCGAGCAGUAUACUACUUUCUGCGGGAAGCAGAUUACGGCGGUUAACAUUGCUAGGAAUAUAUCUGAUUCUAUUCAACAAUCCCUCCUCCUCUCCCACCCCAAAAUCGUAAUCUCAACCCCCUCCAGAGCAGCAAUCCACUUCAACACCGAAACCUUAUCACUAGAAUCACUGAAAUACCUUGUCAUCGAUGAAGCCGAUUUAAUCCUCUCAUACGGUCAUGAAAAUGAUAUGCAAGUAUUAUCCGGCGCUUUACCGAAGGGUAUACAAACCUUUUUGAUGUCUGCCACUUUGACAGACGAUGUCGAGGGGUUACAAAAGUUGUUUUGUAGACAUCCGUUUGUUUAUAAACCGGAUGCUAAAGAGGAGGAUGGUGCCGAUGGUGCUGAGGUGGUGAAGCAGUUUUAUAUUAGUACUGGAGAGGAUACGAAAUUUUUAUUACUCUAUGUGAUCUUCAAAUUGAAGCUUAUCAAGGGUAAAUCCAUAAUCUUCGUCGCAGAUGUGGAUAGAUGUUACAGAUUACGACUGUUCCUCGAACAGUUCGGUAUCAGGGCUUGUGUUUUAAACUCCGAGUUACCGGUAAACUCACGGUUACACAUUGUCCAGGAAUUCAACAAGAACGUUUAUGAGAUCAUUAUCGCUACUGAUGAAAACGAAAUCAUGGGGGAUGAGGAAGAAGAAGAAGAAGAUGAUGAUGAUGAAGUAGAAGAAGGACAAGCAGCCGGAGAAGACGGAGACACAACAAUGGAAGGAAUGGAAUCAGAAGGAAACCCUCCCCCCAAAAAGAAAAAGAAAUCAAAAAGAAAAUCAUCAACCCACCGAAAACGUGAUACCGAAUACGGCGUCUCCCGCGGCGUAGACUUCCAAAACGUCACUUGCGUCUUAAAUUUCGACCUACCGGUAACCUCAAAAUCCUACAUGCACAGAAUCGGCCGUACCGCUCGCGCCGGAAACUCAGGAAUGGCGUUAUCAUUCUACGUCCCCAAACCACUUUACGGAAAACACAGACCCACCAGCGUCGCAUCAUCCGUAAAGGACGAAAAGGUUCUCGAAAGGAUCAAGAAACAACAAGCUAAAUUGGGUCGGGAAUUGAAACCUUAUAAUUUUGAUAUGAAACAGUUGGAGGCGUUUAGAUACCGUAUGGAUGAUGCUUUACGUGCUGUUACUAAGGUUGCUGUGCAGAACGCUAGGAUGAAGGAGUUGAGGGCUGAGUUGGUGGCUAGUGAGAAGUUGAAACGUCACUUUGAAGAGAACCCGGAGGAUUUGAGGCAUUUGAGGCAUGAUCGCGAGAUUAAGGUUGUGAGGGUACAACAGCAUAUGAAGAGGGUGCCGGAGUAUUUACUGGGGAAGGGCAAGGCUGCGGGGAUGGGCUUGAACAAAGGCGGGAGUGUACCGUUUAAGGUGGGGAGUAGUAGGAAGACGGCUAGGGGGAAAGGGAAGCAGAAGGGGAAGAAGGUGGGGAAGAGGAAGGAUCCGUUGAAGAGUUUUGGGAAGGGCAGGAAGAAGUAA